AUGGGCAUCGCCGAUCGUCCUAGUUGCUAUCGACACCAGAAGCCUGCCGACGAAGCCUCACUAUCAUACAUAUCCACGUCUAUCAAGGCGCUUAUCAGGAUAGAUUUCUUCGCUGUUUUGCCCACGGAGCUGUCGUACCGCAUCCUCCAGUAUCUCGAUACGACAACCCUAUGUAGGGUCGCCCAGGUUAGCCAUCUCUGGAGAAAGCUGGCUGAUGACGACGUUAUAUGGCAUCGGAUGUGCGAGCAACACAUCAACACAAAAUGCCUGAAAUGCGGGUGGAGUCUUCCUUUAUUGCAACAGCAAGGGCGCUUGGUGCAGUCCCAGACUCUGGAUCUCAGCAAGGGCUCGCUCGAAUAUUGGAAUCCAAUAAGAAAAGUAGAUGGCUUGGAGACAAAUGCAGAUGUUCCGCCCAGCCACGGCUCUUCGACCAGCCCUCCUCCUGCUAAGAGACAGCGUGUACUGCAUCACCAUCUUCAACAAACUCGGCCCUGGAAAGAGGUUUACAGGGAGCGGUUCAUGGUAGAACUCAAUUGGAAGCAUGGAAGGUAUAAGACAACAGUACUUGAAGGCCACAAGGACAGCGUCAUGUGCCUCCAGAUUCACAACAAUUAUCUUGCCACUAGAUCCUACGACGCUACAGUUAAACUAUGGGAGUUGGAUUCCGGAGAGCUCAUUCGAACCUUUGAAGGCCAUACCGCCGGUAUCCGCGCUCUACAAUUUGAUGGUCAUAAGAUUAUCAGCGGUAGCUUAGACCGCACCAUCAAGAUCUGGUGCGGGGGAUUCCAUAGCCAAGCGCCGGUAACAUGUGUUGCCUUGACAGAUUCGGUUGUGGCUACUGGUAGUGAUGACUGCCGGGUGAUCGUGUCUAACUUUAAACCGUGA